GGUCUGAAAGUUUUGACCUCCUGUUUCAUGACGUGGCAUUUCUGCUUUGCCGGAUGCGGGCGGCCGGCGGCGCGAGGUCGAUAACCUAAUGCCGUGUUGCCCUUCAGGAUCGACUUCCGUCUCAGCGGCACCAGGCCCAGUGGCAGGAUCGUAUCGUUGCUAGCCAAGCAUUGAACAGCACCGACCGCCUCCCGUCAUGGCCACUGCAACGCCUCGUCCUCGGUAUGACUCGACAAAAUCGAACGCGUCGAGCAUAGCAUGGGGUGUCCCGAGGCCACCGUCCCCAAGUUACUCGACUACAACGACUGGAAGUAGGGUCAAUGCGACAGAAUUUCACACAUUGAUCACUCGGAAAGACCUACGGCAGUCGAUAGCAUGUUUUGAGGAUCUCAUGUCCGCCGCUAAAGCCUAUCGCAAUGCUCUACUCGCCAUGUCUUCGGCAACGGCAUCAUUUGCCACAGCCAUGGAGGCUUGUUCAAGAGUGAAAGGAUGCAGGUCGGCCAAUGCGGGAAUGUUGAGCGGAGGAGGACUUCAACACCUCAUUGCGAAUCAUGAACAGAUCCUAGCGGACACUGUCUAUCGCCAAUUUGAAAUUCCAUUAUUGGAAGCUCUGGAUCAUUACAAGCUCAUCACCGCGGAUAGAUUGAUAGGCUAUGAGAAGAGUCUACACGAACAAAGUGCAAAGAUUCGAAAGACCGAAGCGGAGAACCACAAGGUCGGACGGCGGAAGAAGAGAGAUCUGCAGCAAUUUCGGCAAGCUCUAGCGGAGCUUCAAAAACAGGUCGAUGAAUUGGAUGCCAUCAAAGCGGGAUAUCAUGAGGAAGUCUUGGAGGGAGAGGAUGAGGUCUGGGACAAGAUCUUGGGUAAAGUCGCAUUCGUCGUCAGAAGUCAACUGGACUUCUACGAAAAGAUUGCCGGCAAAACAAGCGAUCCGAUUCUGGAGCCACUCGUGAUGUCGAUACCUGAUCCAUUUGACUCGUACGGUCCACCCAAGGAAGAAGGACAAAUCAUCAGCGUCUUGUCUCCCCUUGGGCUCAUGGACUCUACUCCCGCCACACCCAAUCUUCGAUCCAGUCGUUCCAGCCGUCUUGACUCGCCUUCUUCAGCCUCCCCAACCCCUGGUCGGUCGUCGCCUCGAAGAAGUAAUCCCUUUCCAGCGGCCCAGCCGUCCCCGUCCCCGUCUCAGCCUCAAACAUCGUCCAUUUCAGCCAUGGGCGUCCCGGGGAGCAGCUGGAGUGAGGACGAGACCACGGAAAACAGUCGAGCAAAGAGAGAACUGAGCGUCAUCGAUGAGAGAGAAGGUAAUGAUGGCAGUCUAACCUCUCCGAUCACUUCACCUGUCAAGCCUAUGAACCCAGAUGAGAGUCCCGAUUGGGCAGGGUCCAAAUCUGCUACGGAAGAGUCUCGCGAUACCGAAGAUCAGCCGACCGUCAAUGACGUUAGCGAUGAAGGGACACCGGCGAUACAGAGUAGAAAGCUGCGUGGAGUGCUUGGAGAUCCUGCUGGUGGGCAUAGCCAGGAGGCCUAGGGGACAAUGUAGAAAACAUUUUGUGCACAUUCUUGAGACCAACGACGCGCAUUCG